CAUUCUGCCCUCGCCGGGCCGUAGUCCCGAUGUUCCCCAAACGGCGGCGAAGGCGGGUCGGGUCCCCUGGCGGCGCUACCGCCUCCGCGCCGCCCUCGACGCGCUUCUCUGGCAUUGCCAUCUACCUGGUCGAGCGGCGCAUGGGUCGCAGCCGCCGGGCCUUCCUCACUCGCCUGGCGCGCUCCAAAGGCUUCCGCGUCCUCGACUCCUGCAGCUCCGAGGUGACACAUAUCGUGAUGGAGCAGACCUCAGUGGAGAAGGCUGUCUGCUGGCAGGAGCGCAGGACAGCGGAUACACCCCCAGGAUGCACCCCUGCAGCUCUGCUGGACAUAAGCUGGUUCACAGAGAGCCUGGCGGCUGGGCAGCCUGUACCUGUGGAGUGCCGGCACCGCCUAGAGGUGGCGGAAUCCAGAAAGAGGCCCCCAAGCCCAGCAUGGAUGCCAGCCUAUGCCUGCCAGCGCCCCACACCCCUCACACACCAUAACAUCAGCCUCACGGAAGCUCUGGAGACGCUGGCAGAGGCGGCAGGCUUCGAAGGCAGCGAGGGCCGCUGCCUCACCUUCCACAGGGCGGCCUCGGUGCUCAGGGCCCUUCCCAGACCUAUCAUAGCCCUGAGCCAGCUGCGGGGCCUGCCCCACUUUGGAGAACAUUCCUCCAGGGUUGUGCAGGAGCUGCUGGAGCACGGAGUGUGUGAGGAGGUGGAGAGAGUCCGGCGCUCAGAGAGGUACCAGACCAUGAAGCUCUUCACUCAGAUCUUUGGAGUCGGUGUGAGAACCGCUGACCGGUGGUACCAGGAAGGGCUGCGAACCCUGGAUGACCUUCGAGAGCAGCCGCAGAGACUGACCCAACAGCAGAAAGCAGGGCUCCAGCACCACCGGGACCUGAGCACCCCUGUCCUGCGGCCCGACGUAGAGGCCCUGCAGCAGCUGGUGGAGGCGGCCGUAGAGCAGGCCCUGCCCGGGGCCACUGUCACGCUGGCUGGCGGCUUCCGGAGGGGGAAGUUGCAGGGCCACGACGUGGACUUCCUCAUUACCCACCCCGAGGAGGGCCAGGAGGUGGGGCUGCUGCCCACAGCGAUGCGCUACCUGCAGGACCAGGGCCUUGUCCUGUACCACCAGUACCAGCACAGCCACUGUGGGCACCCUGCCCAGCAGAGCCACACCAUGGAUGCCUUCGAGAGGAGUUUCUGCAUUUUCCGCCUGCCACAGCCCCCAGGGGCUUCUGUCAGGGAGGCCCCAAGGCCCUGCCCAGCGUGGAAGGCCGUGAGGGUGGACUUGGUGGUGGCUCCCAUCAGCCAGUUCCCUUUUGCUCUGCUUGGCUGGACUGGCUCCAAGCUUUUCCAGCGGGAGCUGCGCCGCUUCAGCCGCAAGGAGAAGGGGCUGUGGCUGAACAGCCAUGGGCUGUAUGACCCAGAGCAGGAGACAUUUUUCCACGUGGCUUCAGAGGAAGACAUCUUCAGACACCUGGGCCUCGAGUACCUUCCCCCAGAGCAGCGAAAUGCCUGAACAUGCCUGUGGCCCCCACUUCCAUUCUUAGGAAAUGAAGGGCUACCCCUGACUUGGCCACUGACUGUCCCCAGGCAGAAGAUGUGCCACUGCCCACUGUCUUCACCCUCCAGGUGGAGGAACCCCACCUGCGGGGGCCUGGCUCUGCUGGAAGCCAGCUGUGUCUGAGCUGUCGGCCCCCGUCAGCUGUGGGGUGCCUGCAAGGUGGGAGCCUCCAUGCUGGCCUCGUCGCUGUGUGACCCUGGAUCAGCCCUCAGCCUCCCCAUGGCUCAGGUUCCUGCCCUCGACAGAGGUCUGAGCAGUGCCCACUGCAUGGACUUGUGGCAGAGCCUGUGGUCACGAAUGCCAAGUGCUCUGCCUGGUGCCUAGCGUUUGAUCAGUCAGUCGCGGUUACUGUGACCCCUGCAGGGCACCCUGCUCAGGAGUGCCUAGAAGAGAACCCCAUGUCCCUGCCCUGCAUUUGAGCUGUGAGUUGGCGGCUACAGCUCUUGCCACGGGGUGCUGAGGGGUGUGCUGUGGGCAUCUAGAGAGGGAGAAGGCCGGGGAGGGAGUGUGAGGAAGAGAGCUUCCAGCGCCGGGCUUCAGCUCUGCAGCCCACAGCCCGGCUUUCUGUUUCUGCCUUUAGGGCCUGUUGUCAGCGCAGAUUUUUAAAAAUAGGUCAUAUCCUGCCACUCCUUGCUCAGAGCCCUCCCCUAGGGUGGUUCCAAACCCAAAUUCCUCCUGUGGCCCCCAGGGCUCUGGUAUUUCUUCCCGCCCCUGCCAGCCCCUGCUCCCUUCUAUCCAGCCCUGCUGGCCCCAGCUGCACCUCUCACUGCUUUCCUUCUUGGUGGGCCGCAGGCUCUGAGUGGCCAACUCCCUCCCCUCCUCACUGAGGCUGAAGCAGUGAGGUGGGCUGUACACAUAGUACCCUCUGCUCUGCGUUCCUCACAUCCCCCCGAGCUGGCUCCGGCCUCCAGGGCUUUGCUUUUGCCCCACCAUCCGUCUGCGUCUGCGGUGUGCUCUCUCCUCCAGGCCUCUACUCAAAAGUCACUUUGGCA